AUGAGCUACUACGGCAGCUACUAUGGAGGCCUGGGCUACGGCUAUGGAGCCUUCGGAGGCCUGGGCUAUGGCUAUGGCUGUGGAUGCGGCAACUUCCGCAGGCUGGGCUACGGCUGUGGCUACGGAGGCUACGGCUCUGGGUUUGGAGGCUACGGAUACGGGUGCUACCGCCCAUCAUGCUAUGGAGGGUAUGGAUUCUCUAGCUUUUACUGA